GAAAGCAGAGUUCAAAAUCCCUUUGAGAUCGGAGCAAAUGUGGAGAUUUCAUCACAAGAUGACAAUACUUGUCAUAAAUGGUAUCCAGGAAAUGUGUUGGCAACAUAUUUGGUUGAUGGGGUUGAGAUGGUGAAAGUUGAGUACUUCGUCCCGUCUCUGGACGAAAAGAAGAGGAAAAGGAGUGUUGAGACACGUGUAUCAAUUGACAGAAUACGUCCUCAACCACCACCUGAGAGAUCUGGAGCGAAGAAAAGUUAUGAGCUAAUGCAGGACGUGGAGGCGUUCGACAAUGGUGCCUGGUGCGCUGGAAAAGUUAAAGUCAUUUUGUUUGAUGGCUCGUGUUUUGUCUCUUUGAACAAUUCUAAAGAACAAAUUUACUUCCACCAUUCUGAGAUGCGAAAACCAAGAAAAUGGGUAGAUGGUGUUUGGGAGAUGACAAAAAAGAUGGAAGAAGAGCAGACGCAGAGUGUGAAUCCAAGUGAAGGAGAUGGUGAUAAAAAGGUAUGA